GCCAUGGUGAUCUUAAUUGCUGGGUAUAUUGUUUGAAAGAGGAAGUUUUUUACAAGCUGCGUUGUAUCGUGUUUUAAAGAAUGGUGGGUUCACACUGGUAAAUCCUGACCAAUCGUGAAGAAUUGUAAUUUGUUUAUGUGGUAGGGUACUCUUCAUAGACAAUUUUUAAACAAGUUAAUUACCUACUUUUGAAGCAACCGCUAUGUAUGGAUUACAGAAGACUGGUUUCUUUCUCAUACUUCUCAUAAUCACACAAACAAUCAUAACAUCCGCGAAACAAUAUCACUAUCACCAUGCUUAUUAUGAUCGUCAUAGCAACAGAGAUUAUGGAAUUUGUAGAAGAGACGGAGAUUAUACGUGUCCGGUAAAAAAAAGAGAUUCGCCCAGAGAAAAACGUCUCGUUUUAGCUGUUUUAUUUGCGAUCUCAGUUUUCGCAACGCUGGCUAAUAUUGGCUUUGAUAUAUACUUAAAAGUAAAGAAGUGUUGCGGCUUGUACCCCGACGCUUGUAAGUACGAACGAAAAUUCGUUGCGUUAAAGGAGGAACUGAAAAGACGGGCAAGCGAGAUGAACGACCACUAUACAAUCUCUAAAAACAUACUUGCUUACCUUAAAAGUACGAAUAAUUACAAUGCAGAGAUUUGGCAGAACGUAAAAAGAAUUAUGGUAUUAACCAAUGAAAUCGUGGAAACGCUGGACACGUCAAUCAUUGUAAAAUAUAACAACAAAUCCGCCAAACUCAGGAGAGAAAUAAGAAAGCACAACGAAACUGCUAAAAAUAUGGACAUCCUUGCUGUCAGUACGGAGUUUCAAAGUGUUUUUGAUAGCGUGGAGGGUACUUUGCUGACUAUCGCUCCUAUUGUUGGUCUCCUGGGGUCUGCCGCUAUAUCGAAAGGUUUCACGUGGUACAAAACAUACAAGGCAGCAGAAGCACUAAAAUCGACUGGUAAUGUAGCAGCUCUUAAGAACGUCAAAGUUGCAAAAGUAUUAGGUGUUAAAAAUGUAAACACCUUCAUCAAAUCGACUGCAACAGCACAAACAAGAGCGUUAACGACAGCAACCAAGUUUAGCAAGUUUAUGUCCUUCGCUACUGGUGCAAUGUCAGUUCUAUCGAUAGGUUUUGAGAUUUAUUCCGCCAUUAUGAAAGUAAAGGCUUGUAAGAAAGUUCGAGAUAACGCCGUGAAUUCCUACAAUGCAAUAUUCCCUCAAAAAGCCAAAUUUAAGAAAAGCGAAGACAAUUUGGUAGCAUUUCGAUCAAAUCUCACAAAAAGCUAUAACCACGUCAAAGGCCAAAUCGCAUCCGACGCAUUUUUGGGUUACGUCAAACAAAUCCAUCAAAUGGUCACAUCUAGUGACAAAACGCCGCCAUAUUUAAAAAAGGCGGGAAGAGAGAUUCAAAAUUUUCAGGACCAGAUAAAAGCUGCAAGCAAAAUCAAUACCAUAAAACUGCAAAAACUUCUUUACAAUGCUUUAACUAAUGUGAGCUACACGUGGCAAUGUUACGAUAACAAAAUCAAAACAGUCUCAUACGCUUAUAAAAAAUGUUUAGUAGGCGAGGCCUCCAUGGAGUUGAUCUGGAAAAAUGCGAUCAAAAAUUUCGAAACAAAUAAGUAUGAAUGUACAACAGCCACUGGGCAGAGCUACACUACUUACAGAGCUACAAAGACAUACGUGGAGACGCGGAUGCAGAAAGAGGGUUAUCAAAAGGAUUGCAUACUGAACAACCGAGACCUGUUCAGGCUAGCAUGUACCUACUAUGUGCAGGGCUUUACUGAUGUUCAAAAUGGAGGCAAAACAGGGCUAACAGUAACACAAGUGGAGUAUUUUAAAAGGAUCUGUCCACCAGCAACUGUUACACCAAAGGUUUCAAAUCUGAUUUGCACAUUUAAAUCCUUCCUAUCAUUGGAAGAUACAAAGAAGCAUUAUAGCAAGUACAACCAAGGACAGGUCACUACAACAUACAACAGCUGUCCUCCUCCUGUUUUAAACGAGAAUAUUAAACGUCUUAUCUGUGCAUACAAGAACAGAGAUGGAAAACAUUUAAACGCUGUUCUCACGAAGUAUUCACAAUAUUCUCGAGAAGACGUAACAUCCACAUACAAUUCGUGCACAACUCCUGUGGUCACACGUACCAUGAGAAAGUUAAUAUGCAACGAAAAAAAAUAUGGAGGUCUUUUGAAGGAUAUCCUUGAGAUGUAUCCUAACCAUCGCAUUUCUGAUCUGACAAAUACUUUUAAUGCGUGCUGAUUUGAUAAACAUUGACUUCUUUCAAAACGACGUGUAAAAUCUUGUACCGUCCGGAUUUAUUUACAUUUAACGUAGUUAUUCACUUAAGAGUGUAUAUAUCAUUUUAAUAUGACCAUGUGAAACCAUUUUAGAAACAUGAAUACUUAAACCAUU